AGAGCAGCACAAGCCAGCAGAGCAAAGGUCCGAGUAUAAAACCCUGUGCCUCUGAGUGUCAUCUUCACUCUCUGACUACACCAGACAGGCUGCGGAUUACCAGAGAGAGGGAGCAAAUCGUCCUAUCGCCCUACCAGUGAACAGGAAAAUCAUUGUACAAUGGCAGACAAAGUUUACAAAAAGACCAGUGGAAAUGGCCAGCUCACUCUCUACCUGGGGAAGAGAGACUUUGUUGACCAUGUUGACUCAGUUGACGCUGUUGAGGGUGUAGUGAAGAUCGACCCUGCAGACCUUGGAGACAAAAAAGUUUGGAUUCAGCUGGCCUGCGCUUUCCGUUAUGGUCGUGAAGACCUGGAUGUGAUUGGGCUUUCCUUCAGAAAAGACAUCUGGAUUCAGCACAUACAGCUAUAUCCUGCCGCAGGCCACAAACCCACCCUGACAGAGAUGCACGACACUCUCCUGAAGAAAGCUGGAGAGCAGGGCCAUCCCUUCACUUUUAAUAUCCCUACCAACCUCCCCUGCUCUGUUACACUUCAGCCUGGCCCAGAUGACAAAGGAAAGGCUUGCGGUGUUGACUUUGAGGUCAAGGCCUACGUGGCCAAAGCAGCUGAAGACCCCGAUGAGAAAAUCGACAAGAAGGACACUUGCCGCCUUGUUAUCCGUAAAAUCCAGUUUGCUCCUGAUAACACAGGAUCUGGACAGAAAGCUGAACUCUGCAAGAGCUUUAUGAUGUCUGAUAAGCCUGUUCAUCUGGAAGCCUCUCUGAGCAAGGAAAUCUACUACCAUGGCGAUCCCAUCCCCAUCACUGUUAAGGUCAAGAAUGAGACCAACAAAGUUGUGAAAAAAAUAAAGAUUACAGUUGACCAAACCACAGACGUCGUUCUGUACUCAGCCGACAAGUACACCAAGACUGUGCUGAGUGAAGAAUUUGCGGAAACUAUAGAAGGCAGUGCUAAUUUUGAAAAAUCCCUUGACAUCACUCCUUUACUGUCAAACAACAAGGAGAAACGUGGCCUGGCGCUGGACGGCAGGCUUAAAGAUGAAGACACCAAUUUGGCCUCAACCACUAUAAUAAGGACAGGAAUGGAUAAGGAGAUAUUGGGAAUUCUGGUGUCCUACAAAAUCAAAGUUAACCUCAUGGUAUCAGGUGGAGGUCUGCUGGGAGGACUGACAGCAAGUGAUGUGACAGUGGAGCUGCCUCUGACCCUGAUGCACCCCAAACCCAAAGACUGAAUGCCUGUAUAAGAUUCCACAGGACAGAUGUUACCCUCGAGUACAUUCCCUCAGCACUUUCACAGCGAGACAAAAGAAGAAACGGCUCCCCAUUAAGCAAAGAAGGUGUCUCAGACAAUGACAGGAGUACCUCACAACAAAGAAAACACAUCAGUAUCACUUAGCAAAGUUGUUAGGUCAUACUGAUGGCAAUAAAAUGACGGGUUAAAACAUGAAUCCAAUUUCAAGACAAAUGUGUGGGGUGAAUGGUUGCCUUGAGGUACACAGUCCAGGAAUAAAGUGCUCCCUAAUGGUCAUUAACUUUCCUAUAAAUUAACCCAAAUGUGUCUGAGUGAUGCAUUUCAAAAUGUAUGGAGUUUGAUCACCUCAUUAUAUAUGCUUGUGUUAACUUGUCUUGCCUAGAGUCUAGAGUCAUUUAAACCAGCACCCUUAAAUCACAGCAACUCAUGUGACUUUGUGUAAUGUUUGUUUUGUCAUGUGUGGAAUUUUUGACUCGUGAGUCAUUAAACCAAAUAAAAUACCUCCAAAACCUCA